AUGUCUAGCAGUCACCAACAUUACGAGUACGAGUCCGUGUCGGACAGGCACGCCAAGCAGCCGGCGGUGUCGGUGGUGUCGUCGAUCGUGGAGCGAUUUCCUUUCUUGGGGACCAGAAAGGGCGCUGCCGCCCUCGCCGCCGUGGUCUUUUUGGUCGUCGGUGGCGGACUGGCGGGACUGGCGGCCUUGCCCAAGAACUCGGGAAACUCGCCUAAGGGAAAGCUGCGGGCGGCUGAUGUCAUUACAGAAGAUACUUACUUUUAUGGCCAGUCCCCGCCCGUGUAUCCAUCUCCGGAGAUGACCGGCGGGGAUGGCUGGGAGGUUGCGUACAAAAAGGCCAAGGAGAUGGUUGGCAACAUGACAAACGAGGAAAAGCUUGUCCUAACCGCCGGCAAACCUGAAUCUGUCCGCCGUUGUGACGGCAACAUCGCGCCAAUCUCAAAGGUUGGGUUCCCUGGAAUGUGCUUGGCUGAUGCAGGCAAUGGUUUACGCGGCACAGAUUUUGUUACUGCGUGGCCGAGUGGUGUCCAUGUGGGUGCCAGUUUCAACCGACAGCUUAGCGCAAAACGUGCCUAUGGCAUGGGCUCAGAGUUCCGGAAGAAGGGCGUCAACGUGCUCUUGGGGCCGGUUGUAGGCCCUAUUGGACGGACAGUAAGGGGUGGACGCAACUGGGAAGGAUUUACCGUUGACCCUUAUCUCUCUGGAAUUUUGGUUGAUCAGACCGUCCGUGGCAUACAGAAUGCUGGCGUGAUUGCGAGCACCAAGCACUACAUCGCCAACGAGCAAGAAACCAACCGUCAACCUGACGGUGACGUACAGUCUGUGUCUUCAAAUAUUGAUGACCGGACGAUGCACGAGUUGUAUCUAUGGCCCUUCAUGGAUGCUGUACGCGCCGGGACAGGCAGCAUCAUGUGCUCUUACAACAGAUUGAACAAUUCAUACGGUUGUGCAAACAGUAAGGCCCUCAACGGUCUCUUGAAGACUGAACUUGGCUUUCAGGGGCAUGUUGUGAGUGACUGGUGGGCACAGCACAGUGGAGUAUCAUCGGCCCUAGCUGGACUCGAUGUAGCCAUGCCGCAGGCCGACUCAUUCUGGGGUCCGGAACUGCUCAAAGCAAUCAACAAUGGCACUGUUCCUCAGUCACGUCUUGAUGAUAUGGCAAUCCGAGUUCUUGCACCUUGGUUCCAGUUGGGUCAUGACAAGGGCUUCCCGACGCCAGGAAUUGGACUGCCUGCCGAUAUUAACCAGCCGCACCAGGUAGUUGAUGCCAGGAACUCGUCCGACAAGGGUACCAUCUUCGAUGGGGCUGUCGAGGGCCACGUUCUCGUGAAAAACAUCCGCAACGCUCUCCCACUCACCAAGCCCAAGAUGUUGACCAUAUAUGGCUACUCGGCCAAAAAGGCGGAUAAGACAAACUUUGAGCCAGGCCUCUUCCCACAGUGGGUUUGGGGUCCCGAAUCCAUGAACUACGAUGAUAUCAAGACGGGCAUGCUCAACGCGGGAGAGAUGCUACCAGGCACCAAGCGGGCGGAACAAACCAGGCCGAUUGCCAUAAAUGGCACAAUAUUUUCUGGCGGCGGGUCUGGAGCUGUGUCCACUUCGCUGGUCAGCGCACCCUUCGACGCCAUAUCGCAGCAGUGCUGGGAGGAUGAUACGGUCAUGUUCUGGGAUUUUGCAUCGCCCAAGCCUGCCGUGAACUCCAACUCGGAAGCUUGUCUCGUAUUUGGAAACGCUGCAGCCUCCGAAGGCUGGGAUAGAGUUGGACUACGAGAUGAUUACACGGACGGCUUGAUCAAGCAUGUUGCCAACUCAUGCAACAACACAAUCGUCAUCCUUCACAACGCUGGCCCGCGGCUUGUGGAUCAAUUUAUCGAUCACCCAAAUGUCACGGCGCUCAUUUAUGCGCACCUCCCAGGGCAAGCAUCUGGAGUUGCUCUGGCAUCAAUCUUGUACGGCAAAGUCAGCCCAUCGGGCAAGAUGCCUUACACAGUGGCGCGCAACGAGACGGACUACGGCGGCGUCCAGGACCCGAAUCUGCCAGAGGGCAAAUACGAGCUGUUCCCACAGGCCGACUUUACCGAAGGCUUGUUCCUGGAUUACCGACAUUUCGACAAUAACAAGAUCGAACCCCGCUACGAAUUCGGAUUUGGCCUGUCGUACACUACGUUUGGCUACGCCAACCUAAAGAUUGAAAAGUCGUCGGGCGUCAGCUUCGGCCCUCAUCCGGAAGGCCCGGUGUUGUCGGGAGGGCCGGCCUCGCUCUGGGAGACUCUCGUGCGCGUCACGGCAGAGGUCGAAAACACGGGCUCCGUCGACGGCGCCGAGGUCGCUCAGCUGUACCUCUCCGUACCCGGGGCCGAGGAUGGGCACACGCCGCUGCGGGUACUCAGGGGCUUCGAGAAGCCAUUCAUCAGGGCCAACGAGAAGGCAACGGUGCAGUUUGAGCUGAGCAGGCGAGAUGUAAGCGUCUGGGAUGUCAUUACCCAAAAGUGGCUGCUGAGGAACGGCACUUAUACCAUCAGUGUCGGCUCUAGCAGCCGGAUCCUGCCCAUAAAUGGGACCUUUAGUGUGUAG